AACCCGAAGCGCGGGCGCACCAGGGCAGCCGUCGUCCUGAUGCACGGUCGCGGUAGCGAUGCCAACGACAUCACGAGCGCCUUUCUUCCCAUCCUGCAGAUGCGCUACGGUGGUAAAGCGAGGCAGGUGACCGAAAGUCAGGACGGUGACAAGGACGAAGCAGGAGAGGUCACCGUGCUCGCUAUAGAAGCCAAGGAUGGCAGCUGGUACCCGCAGUCGCACAAUGCGACGGAAUCCGCCCUCACCGAGGACAACGAGCCCUUUCAGUACUCAGCACUCGACAAAAUCAGGAGCACCAUCCUCUUCCUCCACUACGAGAUCGGGCUGCCGCUGGAUUCAAUUGUAUUCGCUGGCUUCUCCCAAGGAGGGCUUCUCGCUGACACCUACCUACUCGCUGGACUGGAUCAACUGCUCGACAACAAAGAGGACGAAGAGACAGUGGACGACCACUUCGUGCCUUUGCCCGGUUAUAUGCUCUCGUUGGCGGGAUCAGUCUUCAAGACUCCCCCUCGUUUCCCCUCUCGUGGGCACCUCAACGAGACGCACCGCGAGAAACUCUCCAGCUCCUCCCGCUCCCCUUACCACGGCAAGACAGCUCCCCCUCAGCCAUCGAGCAUCCGCGCUCGUCUCAUCUGCGGAACGCAGGAUCGCUUCUUCACGCCUGACGAGAUCAAAGAAGCGGCCAGGCAGAUCGGGGAGAAGGCAGGGCGUGUUCGAGAGGAGGGCAAGGGUACGGAUGUCGUGGUGAGCGUGGCAUUUGAUGAGGGACAGGGACAUGUGACCACGGAUAGAAUGAUCGCGGCCGUGAUUCAGAGCGUAGAUGAGAUCUUGAGGAGAGGGUGAGCGGCGGGAGAAGUUAGCGGCGAUGGUCACGGUGAGACGCGAGCGGGAGGUGGUUGCGCACCCAGCGGCCGGAACGAAAGUCAAGCGAUGCAAGAUCUGCUAUCAUUCUCGAAGCAGACUGUGCAAACAAUCCGGCCUGCAUAGAAGCACCUGUCAAUGCCCAUGCUUCUAAUGCCUCCUCAGCAGCAGCGGGAAUGCCAGGUCUGGGCAGGAGGUGUUGUUUUUGGGCGAAGGCGGCGGCGGCGGAGUUGCAAAGGCGGACGCCCGCACGCGCUUGUGGCUUGAAUCGGCUCGUCCGCGAGCUCGCAUUGAUCCUCAUCAAGAAAGGGCAAGGAAGAUCUCGCUGGCGGCCACAUGGCAAGGACAGAUGCGAUUGAAGAUCAUUACGAUGUGCAAACGAUCCAUGUCGCGUCCGCGGCUCAGGGCG